CCCAGGGCAUAGUAGGUGCUGCUGGGCUAGGAGGCUGCAGCGCCCACUCGCUCUCCGCGCGCUCCGCUCGGCUCUGCGGUGUCCUCUGCCUGAGCUGGUCGCCGAUCCCGCUCGGAUUUGGAUUUGGAGGCUUGACGCGAGGUGUUUGAGAGCUUCCGUAGCACCUGGCUGGUGGGGACUCUUCCUGGAAGUGAAGCCCUGGAAUCCUGAGCACCAGGCAGCCUCAGCCUGAGAUUUCUGAUGUGAUCACUAAUGGGCAAGGGUUUUGGGGUCCUGAGGAAGGCCUGCCAGUCAGUCCUGGCCAAGUCUCAGCAGUAUUCAGACCUGGAGGAGGAGGAAGAGAAGAAGAUGAAGAGAGAGCUGGCUAGAGAACAUUCCAGCACCUGGGACCACCCUCAUGGCCUGGUUGGUUUACACAACAUUGGACAGACCUGCUGCCUUAACUCCCUGAUUCAGGUAUUCAUGAUGAAUGUAGACUUCACAAAGAUAUUGAAGAGGAUAACGGUGCCAUGGGAAGCAGAGGAGCAGAAGAGAAGCAUCCCCUUCCAGCUGCUUCUGCUGCUGGAGAAAAUGCAAGACAGCCGGCAGAAAGCGGUGCACCCUAUGGAGCUGGCUUACUGCCUCCAGAAGUACAGCGUGCCCCUGUUUGUCCAGCAUGACGCCGCUCAGCUCUACCUCACAAUCUGGAACCUGACUAAGGACCAAAUCACUGACGUGGACUUGGCAGAGCAGCUGCGGGCCCUUUUCACAAUUGGGAUAAAGGAGUCCCUAGUUUGUCUGUGCUGUGCUGUGGAGAGCAGCAGAAACAGCAGCCUCCUGACCCUCUCUCUUCCUCUUUUUGAUGUGGACUCAAAGCCCCUGAAAACACUGGAGGAUGCCCUGCGCUGUUUCUUCCAGCCUAGGGAGUUAGCAGGCCCAGGCAAGUACUUCUGUGAGAACUGUGGAGAGAAGACAUCGGGGAAGCAGGUCUUGAAGCUGACCUGUUUGCCCCAAACCUUGACUAUCCACCUCAUGCGGUUCUCCAUCAGGAGUUCCCGAACUGAAAAGAUCUACCAUUCAGUAUGUUUUCCUCAGAGCUUGGAUUUCAGUCAGGUUCUUCCAACGGAGAAAGACCUCAGUGAUGGAGAGGAGCAGUCUGAAGUACACUAUGAACUCUUUGCUGUGAUCGCUCAUGUGGGGAUGGCUGACUUUGGUCACUACUGUGCCUAUGUCCGGAAUCCUGCAAAUGGAAAAUGGUUCUGCUUCAAUGACUCUCAUGUUAGUUGGGUCUCCUGGGAGGACAUCCAGUGCACCUAUGGAAAUCACAAAUAUCGCUGGCGGGAAACUGCAUAUCUUUUGGUUUACAUGAAGACUGGAUCCUGACAGUUAUACUCAAACCUUCAGAGAUCAAUAGACUAUUAUUUUCCUUUCCUAUACCUGUGUCUGCUACAUCUUCAAUUAACAAGCAUAAUUUUAAACUAUAAUUCAACUUUAUUUAUGAAUGGGGGUUAUUAUUGCUGUGACUUGGAUAUGGUUUGUCUUUGGAAGGCUCACACACUGGAGUACAGUCCCUAGGAUGGCAGGAGUGAGGUAAUAAGGACCUUUAAGAAGUGGGGCCCAGUGGGAAUAACUGGUUGAUGGGAUCUCCCUCUUUUUUGCACUAAUAGUUCUUUUUCUGUUUCUCUACCAUGCUGUGAUAUGAUUGACCAGGCUGUGCUUGCUGGACCUUCCAGCCACCAGAAUUGUGAGCCAAAUAAACUUUAUUACACAGUCUCAGUA